CUAAUGUUCCUGGCGGUGUUUCCUGUCGGCAGAGGAUCCUGGUCGCACGCGGGAAGCCAGUGCUUUGAGAUGGCGGUCGACACACAGACCGUGUAGGUUCAGAUCGUGCAGCGUGUUGGAGAACUUUCUGGCUCAUAAUCUCAGCGCUAUGGAGGGGGGCAAGCCGAACCUGGCCCUGGUCUACCAGGCGGUCCAGGCCCUGUACCACGACCCGGACCCGACCGGGAAGGAGCGAGCCUCGGUGUGGCUCGGAGAGCUCCAGAGAUCGAUGUAUGCGUGGGAGAUCUCGGACCAGCUGCUGCAGCUCAAGCAGGAUGUGGAGUCGUGUUAUUUUGCUGCUCAGACGAUGAAGAUGAAGAUCCAAACCUCCUUCUUCGAGCUUCCUCCAGAGACCCACAAUGCACUGCGAGACUCGCUGCUGACCCACAUCCAGAACCUUAAGGACCUGUCGCCCAUCAUCGUUACCCAGCUGGCUUUAGCCAUCGCAGAUCUCGCUCUCCAGAUGGCCUCGUGGAAAGGAUGUGUUCACACGCUCAUAGAAAAGUACAACAACGACGUCAGCUCCAUGCCCUUCCUCAUAGAGAUCCUCACCGUGCUGCCAGAGGAAGUCCACAGUCGCUCUCUACGGAUCGGAGCCAACCGGAGGACCGAAAUCAUCGAGGAUCUGGCCUAUUACUCCAGCACAGUGGUCACACUGCUGACUUCGUGUGUGGAGAAGACGGGGAACGAUGAGAAGAUGCUCAUCAAGGUGUUUCGCUGUCUGGGCAGCUGGUUCAACCUGGGAGUCCUGGACAGCAACUUCAUGGCCAGCAACCAGCUGCUCAUGGUGCUCUUCCAGGUCCUGCAGAGGGAUGAAACCCCGACCAAUCUGCAUGAGGCGGCGUCCGACUGCGUGUGCUCGGCGCUCUACGCCAUCGAGAACGUGGACACCCACCUGCCGCUGGCGCUGCAGCUGUUCCAGGGCGUCCUGACGCUGGAGACAGCGUAUCACAUGGCCGUGGCCCGGGAAGACCUCGACAAAGUGCUGAACUACUGCCGCAUCUUCACCGAACUCUGCGAGACGUUUCUGGAGACGACGGUCCGGAGUCCAGGCCAGGGGAUGGGAGACCUGCGCACGCUGGAGCUGCUGCUCAUCUGUGCAGGACACCCACAGUACGAGGUGGUGGAGAUCUCCUUUAACUUCUGGUACCGUCUGGGAGAACAUCUGUAUAAAAUAAAUGAUGCAGCUCUCCACACCAUCUUCCGACCGUACAUCCAGAGACUCCUGCACUGUUUGGCCCGGCACUGUCAGCUCGACCCAGACCACGAGGGGAUCCCGGAGGACACGGAUGAUUUUGGGGAGUUCAGGAUGAGAGUCUCGGACCUCGUUAAAGACGUCAUUUUCCUGGUUGGAUCCAUGGAGUGUUUCUCUCAGUUAUAUUCUACGUUAAAAGAAGGGAACCCUUCCUGGGAAGUGACGGAAGCUGUUCUCUUCAUCAUGGCUGCAAUCGCUAAAAGCGUUGAUCCAGAGAACAACCCGACCCUGUCCGAGGUCUUGCAGCAGGUGGUUUUGCUCCCAGAAACCGUCCACAUGGCGGUUCGCUUCACGAGCAUCGAGCUGGUCGGAGAGAUGAGCGAAGUCGUGGACAGAAACCCCAGAUUCCUCGACCCUGUGCUGAACUACCUGAUGAAAGGCCUCCGAGAGAAACCUCUGGCGUCUGCAGCAGCGAAGGCGAUCCACAACAUCUGCUCGGUGUGCAGAGAUCACAUGGCUCAGCACUUCCAGGGCCUGCUGGACAUCGCCCGCGCCCUGGACUCCUUCGCCUUGUCCACCGAGGCCGCCGUGGGGCUGCUCAAAGGUACAGCUCUGGUUCUGGCCCGGCUUCCUCUGGAGAAGAUCGCCGAGUGUCUGAGUGACCUGUGUGCCGUUCAGGUCCUGGCUCUGAAGAAGCUUUUGUCUGAGGAAUCUACCAACGGGAAGUCAGCUGAUCCCACCGUGUGGCUGGACAGACUGGCUGUUAUCUUCAGACACACGAACCCCAUCGUAGAGAACGGACAGACGCACCCCUGUCAGAAAGUCAUUCAGGAGAUCUGGCCCGUUCUGUCCGAGACUCUGAACACUCACCAGGCCGAUAACCGGAUCGUGGAGCGCUGCUGUCGCUGUCUCCGCUUCGCUGUGCGAUGUGUCGGGAAAGGCUCCGCCUCCCUGCUGCAGCCGCUCGUCACGCAGAUGGUGAGUGUGUACCAGGUGUACCCCCACUCGUGCUUCCUGUACCUGGGCAGCAUCCUGGUGGACGAGUACGGCAUGGAGGACGGCUGCAGGCAGGGGCUGCUCGACAUGCUGCAGGCUCUGUGCAUGCCGACCUUCCAGCUGUUGGAACAGCAGAACGGUCUGAGGAAUCAUCCCGACACCGUGGACGACCUGUUCAGACUGGCCACCAGGUUCGUUCAGAGGAGUCCCGUCACUCUACUCAGCAGCAGCAUCAUCGUUCACAUCAUCCAGUGCGCCAUCGCUGCCACCUCGCUGGACCACCGAGACGCUAACUGCAGCGUCAUGAAGUUCGUCCGAGACCUGAUCCACACCGGGGUGGCUAACGACCACGAGGAGGACUUUGAGCUGAGGAAGCAGCUGAUUGGCCAGGCCAUGGAGCAGCACGCCCAGCAGCUGGUGACCCAGCUGAUGCACUCGUGCUGUUUCUGUCUCCCGCCGUACACGCUGCCGGACGUCGCCGAGGUGCUGUGGGAGGUCAUGCUGUUCAACAGGCCGACGUUCUGUCGCUGGUUAGAAAACGCUCUGAAAGGGUUACCCAAGGAGACGUCUGGAGGAGCCGUGACCGUCACUCACAAACAGCUGACGGACUUCCACAAGCAGGUCACUAGUGCUGAGGAGUGUAAGCAGGUGUGUUGGGCCAUCAGAGAGUUCACCAGACUGUUCCGAUAGCUGCGCUUCACACAACACCAGGUUAAAUCUUUUGUUGACCAACAUUCAGAGGUGACGGCAAAAAGCUGCGAGUGCAGACGAGGAUCCAAAGGGACGACAGGAAGAGGAGGAGGAGGAAGAGGAGGAGGUGGAGGAGGAGGAGGGACUUUGAAUGUGAAACGGGACGAAUCACUCUGCAGGACUGACGGAGCGAGCUGAUUGGACAGACUGAGUCCUCCACCUGCAGCAGGUGUGGGGGGGGGCGGGUCCAGCGGGGGGGCGGGGUCAGGACGAGUUCACUCAGUGAACCAAUCAGAGGAUGUGCCUGGCCAACAGUUUUUAAGAGAAGAUUUAUUUUUGGGACUUUGGUCGUGAUGUUUUCUGUCCGUGCCAUACAAAGAGCCAAAAGAUUUCCCAUGAUGCACUGGGCUGAGCGGCUGCCUGUGGAGGCUCGAUGCUGGAGGAUUUGGCGUCACCUUUGACCUUUUUAACUUUGGUUGACUUUUAGUUGUUUUUCCACAAAGUGAGACAGAGUGAACUCUGGGUAAUGAGACGGAGAGACUGACACCAUGACAUCAUCGGUGAUGUAGCCUUGUUGUAAACAAUAAAAACAACUGAAACAAC